GCCCUGCCUCUGCCUUCCCUCCGCUCUUCCUCAGGAAGCGGGGUGGUCGCUCGCUGCCAUGGGGUCUGUCCCGCGCCUCGCGAAGGCCGUGGUGGGCGUGGGGGCGUGCGUGGGCCUGGGGGGCGCCCUCUGGAUGGCCGUGGCGCCGUCUGAAGAGCGCAGGAAGCAGAUGCUCAAGGACCUGCCAGAGUCCAACCCUGUGGUGUACAAUGAGAGGCAACGGCAGAACGCCCUGAUCUGGGAGACCAUUAAAGAGGCAGCCAAGACCCAGGAGAAUGUGGCACGGAGGGAGUGGCCCAGGCAGAAAUAGCAGCAGCUGGGCCCCAGCGGUAAGAGCCCCACCCCAGGUGGACAUCCACAGAUACUGGACUCAGCACACCUCCGGGCUCUCUGUUUUGAACUGGGAAAGAGCCUUCUUUGCAUGUACCGUGCUGGAACAGCGUCAAGUCUGUUGUGGGAUUGCCCUUUUCUUGGUAGGGAUGCUCAUGGUUUCUCUUGCAUCUCUCUCGCUCUGGCAUGGGGGACCCACCUGCUUUUGUGUUGAUGACAAGCAGCAAAUGGUGUUCUUAAAAUUGCAAUGGGGAUUGGAUUAAAGAAGUCUGUGCUGCUUUAA